AUGACGUCCGUGUUCUUCUCCCUGACGGGAGAGUCUUGCUUCACGCCAUCAGAGGCGGAGAAGCUCAAGAAGCGCAUCAAUGCAUCGGGCCCGACGCAGGUGUCAUCGAUCCGCGGGCACUGGGCGUACCACGUGAACCUGACGCCGUCGACGUCGCCCAACGACGUGAUCGACGAGGUGGAGCAGCUGCUGCCGCUGGGGACCGGCUCAAAGGCAGCAGCAGGACCGACGGCCGCCGUCGGACAGACGCGGACGUUUGCCAUCGCACCGCGCAACAUCUCGCCAUGGAGCAGCAAGGCAACGAACAUUGCGUUUGUGUGCGGGCUGCAGGGGCGGGUAGAGCGGAUCGAGCGCAGUCGCUCGGUGACGGUGGAAUUUGCGGAGCCGCUGGAGAGCAGCAGUAGCAGCAGCAGCAGCGACGAGAUUCCUUUCCGGGACGUGAUCUACGACCGGAUGACAGAAUCGAUCCGGACAGGCGGCGAGCCAGAUUUGACAGCGAUGUUUGCGACAGCAGAGCGACAGCCGCUAGAGGUGGUGGACAUCUUUGGGACGGAGGGAUCGACACCACUGGAGGUACUGCAGGCGUACAACCGGCAGCGAGGAUUGGCACUGGAUGGCGACGAGAUGGCGUAUCUGGUGGCCGAGUUCCAGCGGCUGGGACGCAACCCGCACGACGUGGAGUUGUUCAGCUUUGCGCAGGUCAACUCAGAACACUGCCGCCACAAGCAGUUCAACGCGAGCUGGACGAUCGACGGACAGCCACAGGCCAAGUCACUCUUCCAGAUGAUCCGCAACACGCACGAGCGCAACUCGUCGUAUACGGUGUCGGCGUACAGCGACAACGCGGCCGUGUUUCGGUCGGAGUCGCCGCUGUUCUGGGCGCCGGACUACUCGACCCGGGUCUGGCGGCUGCAGCGGGAGCUGGACCCGCCGUGCUUCCUGGCCAAGGUCGAGACGCACAACCACCCAACGGCCAUCUCGGCCUUUGCGGGAGCAGCAACAGGGGCCGGCGGUGAGAUCCGCGACGAAGGCGCCGUCGGUCGCGGAUCGACGCCCAAGGCCGGGCUGUGCGGAUUUUGGGUGUCGGAUCUGCUGAUCCCGGACCUGCGGGCGCCGUGGGAGACGGACAUUGGCAAGCCGGGCCACUACACGAGCAGCCUGGACAUUAUGCUGGAGGCACCGAUCGGAUCGGCACGCUACAACAACGAGUUUGGGCGGCCGAGCAUCACGGGCGUGUUCCGGACACUGCUCGCACGGGAGGAGGGCGAGACCGAAGCCGAGGCUGCAGUAGAGGGCAACGGAGCAACAGACGAGUGGCGUGGCUACCACAAGCCGAUCAUGAUUGCCGGCGGACUGGGCACGGUGCGGCCGCAGCACGCACUGAAGCGGGCACACGAUGUGGCAGAGGGAGCUCACGUGAUCGUGUUGGGCGGCCCGGCGAUGCUGAUUGGGCUGGGUGGCGGAGCUGCGUCGAGCAGUGCAGGCGGCGAGUCGACGGCAGAGCUAGAUUUUGACAGCGUGCAGCGAGGCAACCCGGAGGUGGAGCGGCGGGCACAGAUGGUGAUCAAUACGUGCGUGGCGCUAGGAGACCAGAACCCAAUCGCGAUGAUCCACGACGUGGGUGCGGGCGGACUGUCGAACGCGCUGCCGGAGCUGGUCAAAGACGCCGGCUACGGCGGCCGGUUCGAGCUACGGCAGGUCGAGAGCGCGGACGGCAGCAUGAGCCCGCUGCAGAUCUGGUGCAACGAGGCACAGGAGCGCUAUGUGCUGCUGGUCAACGCGGAAGGCUACAAUCGCUUUGUCAGCAUCUGUCGGCGCGAGCGAUGCGGCUUCUCGGACGUGGGCACGACGGUAGCGGCAGCCGUGGGCGGCGGACACCCAGGUGAACCAGAACAGGCAGCGCGUUUGGUGGUGAUGGACCGCGAGAGCGCCGAGCACCCGCGACCGAUCGACCUGCCGAUGACGACGCUCUUUCCCGAAGGCCGGCGGCUGGAGCGGGCGGUGGAGUCACGCAAGGCGACGCUGGCACCAUUUGCGCCUGCAGAGAUCAUCGCGGAGACAUACGGCAAGGGCCUCACGGCGCAGGAAGCACUCGCAGAGACGGUGCGUCGCGUACUGCUGGUGCCGUCGGUCGGGUCCAAGUCGUUCCUAAUCACGAUCGGCGACCGAUCGGUGGGUGGAUUGGUGUCACGUGACCAGAUGGUGGGUCCGUGGCAGACGCCCGUAGCCGACGUGGCCGUGACGGCGGGCAGCUUCACGACCGAGGGCAGCAAGGCGCGGCCGGGCGAAGCGAUGGCGAUGGGCGAGAGGCCGACGCUGGCACUGAUCUCGCCAGCUGCGUCGGCGCGCAUGGCGGUGGCCGAGAGCUUGACGAACCUGGGUGCAGCCGAUCUCAAGGGCGGACUGCGGCGCGUAAAGCUGUCGGCCAACUGGAUGGCGGCAGUGAACCACGCGGGCGAAGGUGCGGCACUGUACGAAGCGGUGCGGGCGAUCGGCGAGGAGCUGUGUCCGAAGCUGGGGUUGGAGAUUCCCGUCGGCAAGGACUCGACAUCGAUGAAGGUGAGCUGGGGAGGGAAGAAGGAGGACUCGGAAACAAAGGGAAAGAAGACAUCCGUGACGGCACCGGUGUCGGUUGUGAUCUCGGCCUUUUCGGUGGUGGGCGACACGAUGCGCACAUGGACGCCACAGCUGCGCCGGGUGGAAGAGGUGGGCGAGACGGUGCUGCUGUUCGUGGACCUGGCCCGAGGCUACCAGGCGCUGGGCGGAUCAGCACUGGCACAGGCGCUGGGACGAGUGGGCAACGAGGCGCCAGACGUGCGUGACAAGGCACGGGGUGACAACAUGCUGGCCGACUACUUUGACGCGCUGUCGCAGCUGCACGAGAGCGGGGUGGUGCUGGCAUACCACGACCGAUCGGAUGGCGGCUUGUUGACGACGCUGGCCGAGAUGAUGUUUGCCGGACGAUGCGGCGUGGACGUGAUGCUAGACGACAUUGCGCAGUCAGGAUCGCAGGCAGACGUGCUGGCGGCCCUGUUCAACGAGGAGUUGGGUGCAGUGUUCCAAGUGCGCAAAGCGGACGUGAGCCUGUUCAAGAAGGGCUUCUCGACCUGCGGACCACCAGCCGGGCUAAUCCGCAAGUUUGGCGUGGUGACGCCAAUGACCAACCGCGAUGGCAGCACACGGUCACAGACGCUGACGAUUCGCUACGGCAACGACACGCUGCUGCAGCUGCGACGAUCCGAGCUGCAGGGCUGGUGGUCACAGACGUCGGCAGCGAUGCAGCGGUUGCGCGACGACCCGGGCUGUGCAGACGCAGAGCUGGCGACGAUCGACGACGACAGCGACCCAGGCUUGGCAUACCGGCUGACAUACACGGUGACAGACGGGCUGGCACCACUGACGGCACCACUGUCACGGCUGUUGGGCCGGGCGCCUCGGGUGGCUAUUCUGCGGGAGCAGGGCGUCAACGGACACGCAGAGAUGGCGUUUGCGUUCCGAGCAGCCGGCUUCGACCCGGUCGACGUGCACAUGACGGACGUGUUGGAGGGCCGCGACCUGGCCGAUUUUGCCGGGCUGGCAGCCUGUGGCGGUUUCUCGUACGGCGACGUGCCAGCGGCCGGCAUGGGCUGGGCGGCGUCGGUGCUGCUGCACGCGGGAGCGCGCCGCGUGUUUGCCGACUUCUUUGCACGCCCAGACACGUUUGCGCUCGGCGUCUGCAACGGCUGUCAGAUGCUGGCGCGGCUGCAGAGUCUCAUCCCGGGCGCCGACCACUGGCCGACGUUUGUGGACAACAUUAGUCAGCAAUUCGAAGCCCGCCUCACGAUGGUGCGCAUCGAGGCCGACGACGCCAGCCGGAUCGACGGCGUGCCCCCGUCCAUCUUUCUGCAUGGCAUGGCCGGCUCUGCGCUGCCGGUGGUGGUGUCCCACGGCGAGGGCCGCGCGCUCUUCGCCUCGCCCGCUGACCGCGACGCUGUCGACCAGGGCGGCCUCGCCCCCGUGCGCUACGUCGACAACCGCCUCCGCGUCACCGAAGCCUACCCCGCCAACCCCAACGGCAGCCCAGCGGGCAUCGCCGCCGUGCGCAGCCGCGACGGCCGCGUGCUCGCCAUGAUGCCCCAUCCUGAACGCACCAUCGUUGCCGGCGUCGGCUCCUACCUGCCGCCGGACGCGAUCGAGCAGUGGGGCGACUACGGACCGUGGAUUCGCAUGUUCCGCAGCGCGCGGCGGUGGGUGGGAUGA